CUGCCCCCCCCCUUUCUGCUCCACUGUCAGUAUUGACACCUCCCGCCCCGGCGACCCCACAGUGUCCGCUGCUUCAUCUCCGUCACCGCAGCCAGCGUCUCGACGGUACCGUCCAAGUAUAUAUUUGCCUGGGUUUCUCUCAGAGGACGGACCGGGCAGAGGAACCGGAGUCGCCUGGAGCUUUAAAGCCCGGACUGUCAUGAUCCGUGCGGCGCAGAGAUGGCGUCCUUCCCCGGUUUGUGUAGGUCCGUGGGUGCCGCGGAAGAGGACGGAGAACAGGACGACUCACUGCAGCAGAUGCUGAAGGCCAUUGCCGACGAGAGGAACCGACUGAACGCCCGGCAGGAGAUCAGCGGCCUGGGAUGUUUUAAGGAUGACCGCAUCGUCUUCUGGACCUGGAUGUUCUCCACCUACUUCAUGGAGAAGUGGACCCCACGUCAGGAUGACAUGCUGUUUUACGUCCGCAGAAAGUUAUCGUACGCCAGCACAGAUAACGCCGACGGAAAAAAGGUGGAGGUGGAAGUUUACAGGCGAGACUCUAAGAAGCUUCCAGGCCUGGGUGAUCCGGACAUCGACUGGGAGGAGAGUGUUUACCUGAACCUUAUCCUGCAGAAGCUGGACUACGUGGUGACGUGUGCCGUCUGCACGCGCUCAGACGCAGGGGACAUCCACAUCCACAAGAAGAAGUGUCAGGAAGUGUUUGCAUCUCCCAGUAAACACGCCAUGGACAGUAAAGGGGAGGAGUCAAAGAUGAGCUAUCCCAACAUCUUCUUCAUGAUCGACAACUUUGAGGAGGUUUUCAGUGACAUGACGGUCGGGGAGGGUGAGAUGGUUUGUGUCGAGCUGGUGGCCAGUGACAAGACCAACACCUUCCAGGGCGUCAUCUUCCAGGGAUCCAUCCGCUACGAAGCGCUGAAGAAAGUGUACGACAACCGGGUUAGCGUAGCGGCUAAGAUGGCUCAGCGCAUGUCCUUUGGCUUCUACAAAUACAACAACAUGGAGUUUGUCAGGAUGAAGGGGCCACAGGGCAAAGGUCACGCCGAGAUGGCCGUGAGCAGGGUCCCGACCGGAGACACGUCGCCCUGUGGCACUGAGGAGGAUCAGGUGUCCCCCAUGCACGAACGGAUGACGUCCUUCAGCACACCUCCAACGCCGGAGAGGAACCGACCCUCCUUCUUCUCACCGUCACUGAGGCGAAAAGUUCCUCGAAACCGAAUCGCAGAGAUGAAGAAGUCUCACUCAGCCAAUGACAGCGAGGAGUUUUUCAGGGAGGAAGAAGAUGAAGAUCUUCACACCGCCACCAACCUGCGCUCGCGAUCCCUGUCAGGAACCGGUCGAUCCCUCGUCGGCUCUUGGCUCAAACUGAACCGGGUUGACGACUACUUCCUGUUGUAUUCGCAUCUGACUUACGUCACGCUGCCACUGCACCGCAUCACCACAGACAUCUUGGAGGUUCGGCAGAAGCCCAUCUUGAUGACAUAGCAGGCUUUGGACUCCUGACCUUCAGAGCAUCUGUAUCAAGUGCCUCCUGCAUCAGGCCACUGACACACACACAGCAGCAGCAGCAGCGUUAGCGCCGCCCAGUGCCCGCGCUGAUAUCACAACCAAACACCCGGGACACCAAACUAACUAACAAACAAACAAACAAACCAGCCAUUUUCAGGAAGUGCCUCCUCUUCUUCCUCUUUUCUAUUUACAUUUCCUGCUGCGAGAUCACAAAUGUGUUGAUCACAUGACCUCAGUGUUGAACAGGUAUUGGCUGAACUAUUUAGCAGGAAGGAAGUAUCGAUCGUUUGUACAUACUGCUGCUAUCCUCACAGAGACUUUGACUUUGAGGAUAUUGCUGUCAAACCAAGCAUCAGCAAAGACUCCGCCCACUGGGUAUUUCACUCCGCCCACUGUUAGACUGACCCGCCCCCUUCAUCGCCGCCUUUUCUAACCUAGAUUACGCUGGACUCGUCUGGAGUCCAACAUGUUUCUGGGACAUCUUCUUUGCUUUUGUUCUCAUUUCCUUAACACGUGGUCGACCUGACGCCUUGAACGACGUUACCCACAAUGCACCUCAGCUCCUCAGUGGUCACUACAGUCAAUAUUUCUUUCGAGCUCUCGAUGAAAGUAAUCUCCAAAGUCCUGCGUCACGGAUGAGUCGUCGUCCAGACCUUCAACUUUACACUUUAAAACAAACUGGAAGUGACUUGAAAAAUGACUGAUGUUCCAAAAAAAAAAAGGGAAAAAAACAGAAGGAACACUUUGAUGCAAAAGGAAAUGGCUGCUAAGAAGCGGCUUCUGACGGAGAAGCAGGUUUUUCCCGAGUCUGAUCCCUAAAGCCUUAAAAACCUGAAAUGUCACCGAUUCUCAGUCUCUUUUACUUUUUUUUCCCUCCGUGUCUCUGAUGUUUCUGUCGAAGUUCGUAAAAAUCCAAAUACGUUUCUUUUGUUUUUUUAACUCAGUCACGUAAGUUAAACAGUUUUUUCUUUUUCAUACAGAGCAGAAAGUGGUGUUGAAAUAAUAAAAGCUGAUAAAUUUGA